CGGAUACCGAAUGUACAUAUAUGGAAGCGUCAAAAAGAUAAGAUAUUAUAUUAAUCGGUGACGGAGUUCUAGGGGCACCAGUAGGUCGGCAAGGUCCGGAGUCGAGUGACGGGAGGUGCUUCAGUCCAGAGUUGAAAGUCUUGCUACUUGCAGUGAACUAUCAACUAAUCCACCAUGUGUGACGAAGACGCCACCGCGCUGGUCUGCGACAACGGCUCCGGCCUCUGCAAGGCUGGCUUCGCCGGCGACGACGCUCCUAGGGCCGUUUUCCCCUCCAUCGUCGGCCGCCCUCGUCACCAGGGUGUAAUGGUCGGCAUGGGUCAGAAGGACGCCUACGUCGGCGACGAGGCCCAGAGCAAGCGAGGUAUCCUGACUCUUAAGUACCCCAUCGAGCACGGCAUCAUCACCAACUGGGACGACAUGGAGAAGAUCUGGCAUCACACUUUCUACAAUGAACUCCGCAUUGCCCCUGAAGAGUCUCCCGUCCUCCUCACUGAGGCCCCCCUCAACCCCAAAGCUAACCGUGAGAAGAUGACGCAGAUUAUGUUCGAGACAUUCAGCUGCCCUGCCAUGUACGUAGCCAUCCAGGCUGUGCUGUCCCUGUACGCCUCUGGCCGUACCACUGGCAUCGUGCUGGAUUCUGGAGACGGCGUAACCCAUACUGUGCCCAUCUAUGAAGGUUAUGCUCUUCCUCACGCCAUCAUGCGUCUCGAUCUAGCUGGCAGAGAUCUUACCAAUUAUCUGAUGAAAAUUCUGACAGAGCGAGGCUACUCCUUCACCACCACAGCCGAACGUGAAAUCGUUCGUGACGUCAAGGAAAAGCUUUGCUAUGUCGCUCUGGACUUCGAAAAUGAAAUGGCCCAAGCAGCUGCCACUGCGUCACUUGAAAAGUCCUACGAGCUGCCCGACGGUCAGGUCAUCACCAUUGGCAACGAACGCUUCCGUGCACCCGAGGCUCUCUUCCAGCCGUCCUUCCUUGGUAUGGAAUCUUGUGGUGUUCACGAAACCGUCUACCAGUCCAUCAUGAAGUGUGAUGUGGACAUCAGGAAGGACCUUUACGCUAACACCGUUAUGUCUGGCGGCACUACCAUGUACCCUGGUAUUGCUGACCGCAUGCAGAAGGAAAUCACCUCGCUUGCUCCUUCCACCAUCAAGAUUAAGAUCAUUGCUCCUCCUGAGCGCAAGUACUCCGUCUGGAUCGGUGGCUCCAUCUUGGCCUCCCUCUCCACCUUCCAGUCCAUGUGGAUCACCAAGGAAGAGUAUGAUGAGUCCGGCCCUGGCAUUGUCCACCGCAAAUGCUUCUAAAGAAUAGGCUAAUCUUUGUUGAUCAAAUUCACGGAUUAGGACAAAUUCCCUGAUUCUGUUCAUUAACGUUAUUACAAACUGUCCUUGAUAUUUCAUAAUUGUUUCCUAUGGGAACAGUUAUGUUGGUAUUCCAACAAGCCAAAUGUCUGACACUAUUUUUUUAAUUAUAAAAAUAAAUAUUAAGGAUAUGAGUUUACCUGCCAGAUAGAUUGACUUUGCCGAUCAUUAGUCAACAUGUCAUUCUUUGUGCUGAGUACAACUUUCCUGCACCGCUUGGCUGUGCUGAUCAUGUUACUUAUAUUUUUUUUUCAUAUGUGAUUGAUACGAAAAUACAUGGAAGGAGGAAU